AUCUUAUUAAUCGAGUUAAGCUACACGGUGGCAUCGAUGAAUUAAAAACCGUGAAGCGCUGAAGCUUUCUCAGCGGUCAAGACUUUUGCUUGAUCUCCGAGUGCUGCACGCUUCGAUAAGUCACGAUGUUCCCCUUGUACGUGACCUGUGUUCAAUUGUGGUUAUCUUGUGCGGCUAGUAAGGAAAUUCGUGUGGCAGUAUUGGUACCAAUAACAGGAACAUUUCAAGUGGGAGAUGGUAUCAGGCCUGUGAUUAAAGCGGCUUUUGAUGAUGUAAACAACGAUGAGAAUUUACUUGUUGGUGUCAAUUUGACGUAUACAGUCCAAAACAGCGCGUGUGACCCAGUAAGAGCGGUUGGGAUAACCGCUGACCUUAUGCAAUCAUCAGCAUCUGUGGAUGCGUACAUAGGCCCGGGGUGUUCGAUAGCUUGCCUCUCUGCCGGUCUCCUCGCACAAUAUUGGAAUAAACCUAUCAUAUCGUUUUCGUGUUCAUCACUGGACCUUCAGGACAGGGACAAAUAUUCCACUUUUGCAAGAACACAGCCAUUUAGCCGCACGUAUUCAGAAAGUACACCUUUAAUUCUAUACCAGAUCAUGCGCAGGUUUAAAUGGCGUAGGGCGGCAAUCCUUGCUAAAGAUGACGGCCUCACGAGUAUCUGGGCACCAAUUGCGAACAACGUUUUGAAUUAUUUCAAAAGUAGCAACUUAACAAUUUCAUAUUAUAAUGUUUAUAAGGUUAUGGAUGAUUUAGAGACGCAAUAUAGAGAUGCAAAGAAGCUUCUUGAGGAAACACAGAAACACGCUCGUGUUAUAUUCAUUUUAGCCCAUAGGAAUGAGGUUGCGCGUCUGCUAUUAAUCGCUAAGGAGCUGGGAAUGCUGGAGGGAGAUUUCGCGUUUGUCACUUUGGAUUUCUACAUAUCAGAAUCUCUAAGAACAUCUUUGGCUAAGAAAACGUGGUCGCUGAGUUGGGAGAAGAUGCUGGAGAUAUUUGAAGGGCUCAUAACUUUGUCUGUUAAAAAACCCAAUGGCUUGGAGCUACAAAAUAUCACAAAAUGGUUAAAUAGAGGCCUUCAGGACAUGCCUGUCUUUCAAAAUCUCACUGCAGUGGCAGCGAAGACUGCUCCUUACCUCUACGAUGCAGUUUUACUCUAUGCGCAUGCUCUUAAUCGCACUCUUAGCCAAAGAGGUAAUAUAUCCAAUGGCACAACAGUGUUCAAGAACAUGGUCACUAAAACUCAGCUGUUUACAGGCAUGUCUGGACCUGUGAAGAUUGAUGAGAAAGGAAAUCGUGUGCCACAUUUUGUGUUUGAAAAUAUACACAAAAGCAGUGGAUCAGCAUUGCUAGAGCUGGAUUCAAACGGAACUGUCAUAAGGCGUUUCAACGUACGACCCGUGUGGCCUGGGGGAUCAACUAAGAUUCCUGAUGACGAACCCGAGUGUGUGUUUGAUGAUUCGUGUAAAGAUUCUGAUGAGCAUAUGGAAGACUGGUUAAUUGUGGUUAUCGUUGUUUCCUCCUUUGUCGUUGUUCUGGUUCCUAUUUCUUACCUUUUUCACAGGCGUAAAAUGUACGAGAAAGACCUUUUAAAUGACGCUUGGAUCAUAGAUUUUAGCCAAAUCACACUAGGUACGGUGGAUAACAGGUUCGCAAGUAAGUGGAUCUUCGAUGUGGAUGACAACAUUCAAGACAAAGACCUGAGAUUGUCAAGGACUCUCAACAAUAGCAUUGGCUCUAAGUUUACAGUUAUCAAAAGUCUGAACUCUCGUCAAUCUGUGCAAACUGAAUGGGUGGGUGAUGGAAAACCGUUUCUUUCAAAUGUGGGUCGAUACAAGGGAGAAUUGGUGGCCAUUAAAAGGCUUCAUAGGGACUCCGUACACCUGACACGUGACAUUUUGAUAGAGAUGAAAAAAGUACGAGAUAUUGUCCACACAAAUCUCAAUCCUUAUAUCGGAGUGUGCAUCGCAUCCCCAAAUGUCAGCAUCAUUUCCCAUUACUGCUACCGUGGCAGCUUAGAGGAAAUUUUGGCCAACCAAAACAUAAAACUCGACUGGUUCUUCCGAGCGUCUUUUGCUCAGGACAUUGCCAUGGGGUUGUGGGUUCUACACGCCUCCCCUGUACACGUACAUGGUCAUCUUAGGUCAUCCAAAUGCUUGAUUGACAGUCGUUGGGUUUGUAAAGUAUCUGACUAUGGGCUUGGCUUGUUAAAGAUUGGCCAAAGAGCACAUGAAAUCAGCGAACAUGCUAAGUACAGGAAAUUGUUCUGGACCGCGCCGGAGCACCUUUGCGAAGAUGCCAUUCCACGUUGUUCACAAGCGGGUGACACAUACAGUUAUGGAAUUAUCCUCAGUGAACUUCUCAGUAGAGAGGAACCAUAUUCUUCACACUGCGUGGAUCCCAAAGAUAUCAUCGACCAAGUGAGGAAAUGUCUUGUUCCUCCUCUCCGGCCUGACCUACCGAGUGAAAUCAGAGACAACGAAGGCAUCAUCCAUUUGAUGGAAACAUGUUGGGAUAACGAUCCUUCAAUGAGGCCAGCAUUUUCGGAAAUAAAGUCAAAGUUAAAGUCUCUCAAUUGCGGAAAGAAUGCUAACAUUGUAGACAAUAUGAUACGUAUGAUGGAGGACUACACAAACCAGCUGGAAAAUCUCGUAGACGAGAGAACGAUGCAACUAGCAGAAGAAAAAGCUAAAACGGACGAGCUUCUUUACAAAAUGCUUCCUAAACCGAUCGCAGAAGAUCUUAAGCUGGGAAGAUCAGUGACAGCAGAAAGCUUCUCCUCAGUGACCAUUUAUUUCAGCGAUAUUGUGGGCUUUACAUCAAUAGCUGCUCAAUGUACACCAUUACAGGUAGUACAUUUUCUGAAUGACCUGUACACCUGUUUCGAUAAUGUUAUUGACUCUCAUGAUGUUUAUAAGGUUGAGACAAUUGGUGAUGCGUAUAUGGUGGUAUCAGGUUUGCCGGUCAGAAACGACAACAAACAUGCCGGUGAGAUCGCCACGAUGGCGCUAAACCUGCUCAGCUCAACCAGAGACUUUACCAUACAACACAUGCCAAAUAAAAGGCUUCAGUUACGAAUUGGGAUUCAUACAGGUCCGUGUGUAGCUGGAGUCGUAGGGCUCAAAAUGCCUCGCUACUGUUUGUUUGGAGACACUGUGAACUACGCGUCAAGAAUGGAGUCUAGUGGACUUGCCUUAAGAAUCCACUUGAGCCCAGAAUGUAAAGUAGCCUUAGAUCAACUUGGAGGCUUUCACCUUGAAGAAAGAGGACCUGUCUCCAUUAAGGGCAAGGGAACGAUAACAACCCAUUUUCUGAAUGGAAAGGAUGGUUUUACGAAACCUCUCCCAGAUCUUUGUGAAGCAGCCCCGUUGACUGAACACGAAUUUAAAUAGCCUUUGCGAUGUGUGCCGCAUCCUUAUGAAGCUACACUGCGCCCACAAGCUUCGUGUACUCAGUUACAACAGCAAAGAGCAUAAUGCCUUCUGUUAAAGAAAGAAAGAGAAAGAAAGAAAAGGUCCUCGAAUUCAUUUUAACCAUUAGGAAAAAUAUUAAACCACGACAUAUUUAAUCGGGUGGGUGAUAGCAAGAGGCUGAUUACCCCCGUAUUGUAUGACACGUACAAUAACCGUUACAAUUUCCUCAACUGUGAUUGGUGCAUUGGCUGCUUUAUUCUCAACUAAUCAUUCUGCACAGUUGUAAUCAGACUGUGUAAUUGGACGGUUGCUUGUGGUCGGACGCCUACAAUCAGACGGCUGAAGCAGUCAAUUUUACUCAGUCCACUCAGCUAAAUCCACCAAUCACAGUAUUGAUCGCAAUAACCAUAGUGAUAACUACU